AUGGUGCUUGUUUCUAAAAGUGAGAAGAGACAAAUUUACCAAUACUUAUUGAAAGAAGGUACUCUUGUCGUAAGAAAAGACGCUGGGCUUCCAAGACACCAAGAUAUCGCUGUUCCAAAUCUAAAGAUCAUGAUGAUCUGCAAAAGCUUGAAAUCAAGAGGACUCAUUGAAGAAAAAUUCAAUUGGCAGUGGUUCUAUUAUUACUUAAAUGAAAAAGGAAUUUUAGCUAUGUGUGAAUAUCUUGGAUUACCUUCGAACAUUAGACCUGAUAUUUAUAAGGCACCUGCAGUUAAGAAGCCAAGGGAUGACGACAGACCUAGAAGAACCGGAGGCUUUGGAAGAGGAUUAAAGAAGGAAUAA